CAGAACAAAGACCAGACACGUGACCUCAAGCGCACAGGCAGCGACAAAAGGGAACAACAUCUAGGUCCUAACCUUUAAUUGUAAACUUUUACGAGUCGCCUACCUACAGACGGUCUGGCAACUUUUACAACCAUUCUUAAUGAGCGCUGCCAGAAACAUUACCUUAUCAAUGCCAGUGUAACAUCUAACCCUGUACGUAAUGACGCCAAUCAGAGACCAAUGUGCCCAUUACACGGGUGUCCGUUUCUAAAUGAUGGGCUAAUGAUGAACCUAACUUGCCAUACUCGUGUUUCUGUAUUGUAUUGUUGACCUGUACUCUUUCGUGCACAGAGUAUCGAGCACGCCUUCACACGGAAAAAAAUAUGCUCUACAUAUUUAAUAUCAUCUAACUAUUUAAUAGGCCUGUUGUAUUAGGAUUGCUCUUUCGUAAUAUCUUCAUUAUUACACGCUAGAGGAAAAAUUGAUUGCGUUUUUGAUUAUCAGCGUAUUGCGCCCUGUCAACAGGUUUUUAAAACAGAGAGCAUAGUGAAGCCACGUAAACAGGUGCUACAGAUAAACAGAAAAUAUGAGUGCCGAGGAUGAGAACUGAAUCCACAACACAUAACCCUGGUACGGUACCGCCGUGCCACCGAAUCUCCCCUCCUUUAGAGAGUGAAAACACACAGAGAAAAAGAUUGUUUUAUAUAUAUAUGUUAUGAACAAACUUGUGUACAUGUAUUGGAAUGCUAUUCUGUGUAUCUAUUACAAACCUAUACUGUACAGAGUUGCGAGCCAUUUAGAGGUGAGAUGAGAUCUUAAGGAGCACUCGCGGCACUAACUGCUGUAUACACCUGACAGCCAAAGCUGUGCCACGUUGAAAAAGCAGCAAAGUUUCGUCAACACGUGUUACGCAGCACUUUAUUUUCUGCAGCAGGCCGCCAUUAUGCAAGACACAGCGGCAAGCAAGCAGAUUCGUGCGCGCGUGUUGUGCGGUAAAAUUUAUUAAAAUUAUGGUAGUAGAUAUUUACAAAAGUUUAGACGCUUAUCUAAUAUUUAUCUAAUUUUUAAUUUGUUUAACAUUUAUAGUUAAUUGUAUGGCCCGGUCCGCCGAGCUAUCACGUGACUAACUGUACCACGUGCUCCGUCUUUCGCCUCAACAACGUGCUCGCCAUUGUAAGACGCUGUCGUAUCCUGUUCUGGAGAAAGAACUUGCUGUGCAGUUUGGCUUUAAAUCUUCAUUCAAAUUUUGUCUACCUGCUAAUUCAGUGUAUUUAAUUUUUGUUUGUCGUGAAUUUAUAGAUCCUUUUAUAGAUAUUUCAUAGAUAAGCAAUGUGAUGAUAGACUUCAGCUAUUUGAUAUUGUCUUUUGAAAGUUCUGACAUAUAAUCGUAUGUUAAAUUUUUCUUUUUUAAUCACAGCUGUUUAUAGAGUAUAAUCUUCAUAUCUCAUCUGCAUUUUUUUAAAUAUUAAAUAUAAUUUAGAUAGCAUGGACUAUUCGUACUCAACGAAAAGAAGAAGAAUCAGAGCCAGAGUUAGAGAACAUUUAGAGUAUGCUAGAAAUGCCAUGAAUAACGAGCCACACCAGGAAUCGUGCAACGACCAAGCGGCUUUUAGUCCGCUAAGGGCCAGUACCAUUGGAGAUCAGACCAGUGAAGGUACUGCACUACACACUCUUUGCUGGAGUACUAACUCAGACCCACUUCCUUCAUUAAUGUCUUCACACAUAUUAUUGGUCAAGUUGAAAAAAAAAAUGAUACUAUUUAUAACAUCAACUGGUUUUUUCACUCUGUAGUAUUCACAUUAUUAAUAAAAUCCACAUUUGCUUAAAGGAUUGAAGUGAUGUAAAGCGAAAGGCUGUGCAUGCUAAUUUUCCUUUGACACGGAAAAGUACACUUGAUAUUUAGAGCGAAGAACUAAUUAAAACUCUUCUUUGCAGAUGGCAUGUCUGAGUCAAGCUCCAAUAAUUUGACUAGUAAGUUUAUUUUCCAUCUCCCUCUAUAAUUUGUGAUCACUGGACAAAUAUUAAUGUUGAUUACAUGUAUAUGUUCUUAUCAACCUCAAGAUUCUGUUAAAUUUUGUAAAUUCUGUCAAUAACCUAAAAUACCUUAUUUUAAAUCAAUUUUAGAACUAAUAAUAAUAUUUUGAUUGCAGUUUAUUUGCUGACCAGACUUUUGGACAAACUUGAGGAACUCUCCCAAAAAGUAACGCAGAAUACAAUUAUUCUGCAAAAUCUGGCUUCACAGAGUGAUGACCCCAGCAGCCAUUCCGGAUGGGUUAGUGCUUCCCCUGAACUCCGCGGAAGAAAUUAAUGAGCUGGAGGAGGGGUUAAUGGACAAGGAGUUUAGGUCAAAAGUGAUUCAGCACCUUUCCUGCAUUGGGGGGGAUUCUGUGAGCUCCCUUGUGAGAAGAAUUUUAAGAAGGGUGAUAAGCUCAGAGGUUGCAGUUAAAUACAAUUUCAGCGGUGCUAAAGGAAAGAACAGCUUCCACACACUUCAGCUGAGGGGAGUUUUAAUUGCGGCAGUUAGGAGAACCUUUAGCACCGCUUCAGAAGCUGAUAUUGACGGUGUAACUCGGAAGUUUUUUUCUAAUGCCAGAGACAGGGAUGGAGGGAGAGCACGAAGGACAUCUAGUGGGACCCACGACAACUAGGCUGAAUACUUCAAAUACUUUAAAAAGUCACAUUCAAUGAAUAUUAAAACCAUUAUUAUAUUUUGCUUGUUCAUGAUAAUUUGUUUUAAAUAUUGUAAUGAUUUUUGUUUUGUUAGGCUUUCACGACAACUAACCUGAAAACUUUGAAAAGUGUUGUAAAUAAAUAAUAAAACCAAGUUUAUUAUUUGCUUAUAUGUGUGAAUCUGAUAGAUUGUUUUCAAGAUUGUAAUGAUUUUUUUUUUGUCAGGCAUUCUCAACAAAUUCUUUGCUUGUAUAUAUGCAUGUGAUAAUUUGAUUUUUUUGUCAGGCAUUUGCAACACAUUGUUGUCGAUUAAUAUUAAAACCAUGUUUAUCGUUUGCUUGUAUGUAAUAAUAAAUUGUUGAAUCAUAUUCUUUGUCUGCUGGUAUUUAGGGAGAGUAAGAGUGAAUGACAGCACCUUCAUUUAAAUGUCUGAAAGAUGUAAGAUUGUUUUUUAAUGUGCCAAUGGUGCUGAAAGGGAAAUUUGGGACAAGAUGAAGGUUAAGUAGGUUUUGGAGUCGAGCUUCGAAGGGCUGAGAAGAGUUUUUAGGGUGGGGCUGAGAGGUGUUUUGAAGAGUUAGUUCUCCCAAAACCCACAAGGUGCUGAUGCUGAUUACGCUUCCAUCCCCCGUAACUUUCCUUAGCGGCCCCAUUUCUCAGCCCGAAAGGGGCCCUUUCUGGGCUGAUGAACGCUUGCAUGCUGGGGAGUGUUGCUGUAGCUUGAUAACGUACACGAUAAAUGCAACGAUGAUAAGACAACAUUGAAGCCUUGCUAAUGUAUCCACUGCCACACCAAGGCAGCUAAUCAUGUGACA